CGUCGACCUUGCAAUACCUUCAACAUCUUGAAUGAGAGCUUGUGACGCGGGCAUUUUGCGCAUCGAAUUUCUUUACGCGGUCCCAUACACCUCUACUAUCUUAUAGCGAGGCGAUCCUCUAGAAGCGUGAAAACAUGGUCGCCAGCGCCCUUUUCAUUUUGGACCUCAAGGGCAAGGUCCUUAUUUCUCGAAACUAUCGCGGAGAUAUUCCCAUGUCUGCUGUAGAGAAGUUUAUGCCUCUCAUAUUGGAGGCGGAGGAAGAGGAGCAGACUCCGACACCGAUAAUGUCGACCGAAGAUGGCAUUCACUUUCUCUAUGUGAAGCAUAACAACCUUUAUUUAUUGGCAAUGACCAGGAAGAAUUCAAAUGCAGCGACAAUAUUAUUGUUCCUUCAUAAGCUGAUAGAGGUCUUUACAGAAUAUUUCAAGGAGCUGGAGGAAGAAUCUAUCCGGGAUAAUUUUGUGAUUAUUUACGAGUUACUUGAUGAAAUGAUGGAUUUCGGAUACCCACAAACCACAGAACCCAAGAUUCUACAAGAAUACAUCACACAAGAAUCCUAUAAACUUGAAAGCCAACCCCGUCCUCCCAUGGCUGUCACCAAUGCGGUGUCAUGGCGUCCCGAAGGAAUAAAGUACAGAAAGAACGAGGUGUUCCUGGAUGUGGUCGAAUCGGUAAAUUUGCUGGUAAACGCAAAUGGAAAUGUAUUGCGGAGUGAGAUUUUGGGAGCGAUCAAAAUGAAAUGUUAUCUGAGUGGGAUGCCUGAUGUACGUUUGGGACUAAAUGAUAAGGUACUCUUCGAGAGUACUGGGAGAACCCCGGGAAAGGGAAAGGCGGUCGAAAUGGAGGAUGUGAAGUUCCACCAAUGCGUUCGGUUGGCGCGGUUCGAGAGUGACCGGACGAUUUCCUUCAUUCCACCAGACGGCGAGUUUGAGCUGAUGUCAUACCGCCUGAAUACCCAGGUGAAACCACUUAUUUGGUGCGAAGCAGUUAUAGAAUCUCACAGUGGGUCUAGGGUUGAGUACAUGAUAAAGGCCAAAGCUCAAUUCAAGCGAAGAUCAUCAGCAAACAACGUUGAAAUCAUUGUUCCCGUGCCCGAGGAUGCUGACACUCCAAAGUUUAAGAGCACCGUCGGAUCGGUGUCUUACGCACCUGAGAAGAAUGCAGCUGUAUGGAAGAUCAAACAGUUCCCUGGUGGCAAAGAGUUCAUGAUGCGGGCACACUUUGGCCUACCCAGUGUUAAAAGCGAGGACCCCGAUAAGCGACCGCCGAUUUCUGUCAAGUUUGAGAUUCCGUAUUUCACUGUCUCUGGUAUUCAAGUGCGGUAUCUCAAGGUUGUGGAUAAGAGUGGCUACCAAGCGUUCCCUUGGGUACGAUAUAUUACGCAGAAUGGAGAUUAUUUCAUGCGACUCCCAGAACCCGUCAAGACAUCAAAGCUCGGUGCAAUCUAGAUUGACGGUAACUGGACUUUCAAUCAAAUGUCUCCCAUUUCACUGCACUGGCAGUCGCCUAAGGUUCCGUUGGAACCUAUACAGAGACAUAUGUCUCCGUUCUUCUAUGUUAUCCCCAUCUAAGGGCAGCGUCUCUAGUUUGCUUUUUUGAGGCGUUUGCCUUCAUUUACGGCUUUAGCAUCAGCGCCCAUUCUCCAUAUGGGCAUGGCGAUCCAAGCGAUACAAGAGUAUAGUCCGUCCAUGAACGCGUUAUUUGCUGGUGGUGCACCUAGUCCAAUGGAAAAAAUCUUUAGGGAUGAAUUUGCGGCAGUAAAACGAACGUCCAUUUUAACCGACCCUUUGUCAUAGUCCUG